CACCAAUCAUGGCAAAUUGGAUCUCCAAACUCAGCCGCCAAGAGCAUCCUCCAAUAGGUACGACCACCGCCACUCUCUGUCUUCCUUUCUUCCUUCUCCGAUUAAACGAAUCAAAGCCAUCUUGAUAUUAUCAAAGGAAAGAUGGCUUUGUGAUCAAAACCCCUUAUCUACUCUUAUCAUCUACCACCAAGAUUCCACCUCUCAAUCAACCUCAAAUCCCCCUUCAGUUGAACCUAAUCCCUACAUGCACAGAGAUCUCACCUUCUGUAGCCAACCUCAAAUCCCACCUUCAAUUGAACCUUAUCCUCACCAUGAUCGAUCCACAGCAAACCUUCCAACCUCAUGACCUUCUUGUUUUUGGGAUUUACCGAAUCAAAGAAGUUCGGGGCAGACCCAUCACCUUCUUGUUCGCGUGUCUGAUUGCGUGUUCGUUGAGGAUACGAACGUGUCGACAUAGUGUCCAAACUUGAAUAUGCGUGUCGGGGCGUAUCAGAGCGUGUCCCAACGUGUCUGUGUUCGUGCUCGUGUCCGACACGCGAUACGCGGACAACCAAGAGUCCGUGCUACAUAGGUUCUCUUUCUUCUUGCUCCACCCGGCAAGUUAAAAAUCCGUAAGAUUCGUAGAUAAACUAGAUUUUUUUUGCAGAAAACUGGAACAAAAUAAUUAAUUUUCUUCAAGAUACUCAGGAGACCAGGAUAUGAACUGCUUAUCAAAAAUUUCAUAUUGAAGCUGAUGCGAUGACCAACUAAUGAAAUACAUUUAAGUCUGUAUUCUUCAGAAUAAUCAAACCAAACCCCUUCUGCCCUUUAGUCUUAUUAAUUAACAUGCUAUAUAUGUUAUUCAUGUAGUAAGGCAUGGGUGCUUUGGAUUGAAGCCUGAAGAGCAGAAAAUUCACCCGGUUCAUAACAUCCAUAUCUUCAUCGGUUCUUCCCCAAAUUGUGAAAUCGCGAAAUUGAAGAACCUAGGGUUCCCAAAAUCAACAAAUCUAGGGUUUCUGAAUCAUGGCGGUGGCAACAAUCGGAGCGGCGUCGCUCGCUCCGGUCUUCCAAUUCCUCUGCGAUCAAGUCAACCAAUCGAUGCAGAAGGACGCAAAGUUCAAAACUAUCCUAGGGUUUCUCCAGUCGACGCUCGUUUCCUUCAGAGCACGAAUCAUCGAGCCGGUCCAAGAAGGCCGCCAUGUCAUGUACAAGCAAAACGAGCGGAUCGAGGCCGUCGUCGUCGAAUUGCAGAACGGAGCGAAGCUGGUGGCGAAGCUCCGGUCAUGGAGGUCUCUGUGUCUGGAAGGUUACGCGGCGAAGCUUCUGGACUUGGAUAGGAAGCUGAGAGACCUGCUGGAGUGGACUUGGAUUGAGGAGAUUGGGGUUGUGCGGCGGCAGAACAGCGAGGUCAACCGCCUGCAGGAAGCCUUUUUUGAUUCUUACAAGAAGGUGCUGGAUGCCGUCACGGUGAAGUUGGUAACUGCGGCGGAGGCGGAGGAGGUGAAGGAGGGGAGGAAGUGUACUAGUGAGGAGGUGGAGGAGGAGAGCAAGUGUACUAAUGAGGAGGGGGAGGCUGCGCUUUUCGUGUUUCGGAGGCUGUUUGAGGCGGUGAGCGAGGCCGGGGAGAAGAACAGGAGGCGGUGGAUGUUUAGGUUCUUGAUUUCCGAUAUACAGAGCACAAUGUACUCGUUGCAGCCGUUUUUGGAGGAGAUGGCGGCGAGUAAUAGGAUGUUGGCCCGGCCGAAGGAGGAGCUGAGGAGCUUGGUGGUGGAGAUGAUGGAGGGGAUGAGCGUAGUGAGGAGGAGCCACGAGGUUGCGAAGAAGUGGGAGGGGUAUAGUAAGAGAAAAGAUGAGUGUAUUGGUGGGCUGUUGGGGCUGAAUCAGUGUCUGCAGAGAUAUGUGUAUGUUCUGAGAUCGCAGACGUCCAAGAAUGCGAGUCGGGCAUUGGAUAAUGCGAGGCAAAUGGAGCAGGCGGUGAAUGAGAUUGUGAGCAGUGUGGGACUGCUUGCUCCAGCAGGAGUUUCUGGGAUAACUUGAUCAAUAUCGAGAAUUAAGGUGACUAUGGACCCUGUGUUUGUUUGCCUUAGUGCCUUGUGAAUGCUCAUCCUGAAAUUGUAAAUGUACUGACAUGGUUUCUGUAUAUACUAUAUACAUAUCAUCAGACAUCAGUUAUUGCUUA